AUGGCGGUUUUCUCCUCCUUUAAUGAUCAUUCACAUAGUAUUGUAGCACAUGUUGCUGACAUUACACCUCAUCUGUCACUGGCAGCAGCUUGGGUUGUGCAGCUCUUCAAGCACGUUCUGCGAAGAGAAACAACGAUGACCAAUGCGGUUAACCGUGAAUCGAACCUAUUGAACACGAAAGGACGACCAUUUGGCAAACAUCUGGAAUCACUUGACGUGAUAAACGGAUCGCGAGUUAAACUACCUUGUCAAAUUGGUUUGAAACUAAGCAACACGGACUUCGCCAACAUAUCGUGGGUGAAAAUGCCUCGACGAAUUCUCACUCGCGGAGUUCUGCGUGUCACUCGCAACAGUCGGAUUCAUCUGAUGCCUCGCUCGACGGACAGCUCAACAGAAUUCCCACUUUUCAUCAAUUCAGUUAGAGAACAGGAUGCCGGAGAAUAUCGGUGCAUUUUUCAGUAUGGUGCUCUGUUGCAUCACAAAACAGUCAUUUUGGUCAUAAAAAUCCCACCUCGCCUUGAGGAACGACCGCCUUCUCUGCUUGAAGCCGACGAAGGAAGCAACCUGCGUCUAUAUUGCAAUGCUUCUGGCUCUCCACCACCGAAGAUACGGUGGUGGGUAAUGCUUGACUCAAGCACCGACAGUAAACCUGGGUCAACUUUAACCUCCUGGGACGAAUCAGAUGCCUAUGGUUGGGCUCCAUUUGAAACUGUAAAUGAAACACAAGAAAUCCCAUAUUCCGGACGAGGAAGUUUGAGGCCGAUUGAGACAGUAUUAUCCCCGUUCAAUAACAAUUUAUUUGUACGUGGCGGACUCCUCGUAAUCUCCUUACUUCGACGACAUAUGUCUGGGUGGUAUUUUUGUGAGGCCCGCAACGAUAUUCCACCGCCUGCCAUCAGUGAAUCUCGCCUUUAUGUCAGAUAUCGACCUGAAGUUCGGAUAUCAAAAAGAAAAAUACAACAGAAUUUGGGCGAAAGCAGCGUAAUUGGAUGUAUAGUUGAAGCUUAUCCACUGGGUGUUGUCGAGUGGUAUCUGAACGGAGUUCCAAUUCACACACCGUCUUGUGAGGUGGGGAAAAUCAUGCACAUCAAAUUUUGCCAAAAAUUGCACAACACUGAUGGUGAGGGCGGAAUAGCUCUCGUUAAGCUGCGGCAGCAGGCGCCACUUUCGAAUUUUCGGCCACCAUCCGAAAUAGACUUGCAGCAAACACUGAAUGCACAAUUGUUGGUAACAAAUAUCACACAUUCUGAUUUGGGUUUAUACACAUGUCGAAUGGAAACGGCUUCCGGAGUCGGCGAAGGUUAUACGUGGCUAGAAGCAAAACGUCGCUUUCAAGCUCAUCAGUUGGCGACAACUCGAGACGGUCCAAAACCGACGUUUCUACUGAAAGCAAAUGAUACAAGGCUCACAGUGAGAUCAAGCGCUUUUGCGCAGCAGUUACAAACUAACGGAGCAUUAUUAUUUGAUAUCAUUUGCACCAUCAGAUGGCUUCUAAUAACAUGCACUCUCCUUCUGUAA